GGCGUUUUUACAGACGAGGGGAAGUCUUCUGGCUGUCGGACCAGUGUUCCCAGCGAUGCCGAUGCCUUGACAUUGACAACAAGGUGCAGUGCCAAGAGGCUCCAUGUGGGCAGCUGGAGACCUGCGAGCUGCAAGAAGGCGCCUUCUACUGCCAGCCGACCCGCACGAGCACCUGUGUGGUCUUCGGAGACCCUCAUUACCACACCUUCGACGGCUUCCUCUAUCACUUCCAGGGAACCUGCUCCUACCUGCUGGCUCGGCCCUGCUGGGAGGUGACAGGGCUGCCUUUCUUCAGCGUGGAGGACCAAAAAUGAGAACCGUGGACAUCGGCCUCGGUUUCUUGGCUUAGAGAUGUGACAGUGGAGGUGUACGGACACAGAGUCAUGUUACCCAAAGGCAGUGUUGGGGCAGUCCAGGUGGACGGCUUGAUGAAGACUUUGCCUGUCCAACUCGAGCUUGGUGCUAUCAAGGUAUACCAGUCCGGGGUUGCCAUUGCUUUAGAAACAGACUUUGGACUCUUGGUGACCUACGACGGCCAACACUAUGCAUCCAUCUCCCUACCGAGCUCCUACUUCAACAACACUUGUGGCCUUUGUGGUAACUAUAACGAUGAUCCGUCCGAUGACCCCGUGCUUCCCGACGGCUCGCUAGCAGAAAGCGUGGUGGAGUUAGGAGGUAGUUGGCGAGCAGAAGACACGGACUGGAGGUGUACAGAUGGAUGUGCUCAGAACUGCAGUGUGUGUGAUCCCGUUACAGAAGCCUUCUACUUUCGCCCAGACUACUGUGGACUCAUUAACAAAACCGAUGGACCUUUCAGGGACUGCCGAGCUGUAGUGGACCCUACCGCCUUUGUGUAUAGCUGUGUGUAUGACAUGUGCAGCAACCGGGAUAACAUCACCACACUUUGCCAGGCAAUCCAAGCCUAUGCUCUGGCUUGUCAGGCUCUUGGAGUCACCAUACGAUCCUGGAGAUCUCGUACCUUCUGUGCUUUGACUUGUCCAGAAAACAGCAACUACCAAGUGUGCACAAGUGCCUGCCCGGCCUCCUGCUCGGACCUCACCUCCCCCCUGUAUUGUGUCCACCCUUGCACCGAGGGCUGCCAGUGUGACCCAGGCCACAUUCUCAGCGGGAGUCGUUGUGUACAGCGCGAAGACUGUGGCUGUGAGCAUAACGGCCUCUAUUACCCCCUCAAUAACACUUUCUGGGUCGGUGCCAGCGGGGAAGAAGGUGAAUGUACCCUUCAUUGCACCUGCUUGCCAAAUGGGGAAGUUUCCUGCUUCAACUCGUCCUGCAAGGAGGGUGAGGUGUGUGUGGCCGAGGUGGGCUUGCUGGGUUGUUACCCGCGGAGGGAGGGAGUGUGCUCAAUCACCCAGAACUCAGUGACCACGUCCUUUGAUGGCACCUUCCUGCUGUUCCCAGAUGACAGCUCCUACUACCUGCUGAAGCUGUGCAGUCCGGUGCCAGCUAACGGCUCCAUGGUGGAGGUGAAGAUGGGCCGGCGGUUUGUGAACAAAGGCCCAACGUGGAAAAGACCUGUGGUAGUUACAGUGGCUAACCUGGAAGCUCAGAUGGGAGGGUCCGAUUUUGACAUAGUAAAGGUGAAUGGUGAACCAGUGACGCUCCCAUAUGUCCAUCCGAUGGAGACGAUGAUGAUCUACAAAGCACCGGGCAACGCCACAGUGGUGGAGUCCCGUGGUCUGCUUCGUGUCCAGUACAAUCGCCAGGGAUUCCUCAACAUCUCCCUGUCCACCAUCUUCUACAACGCCACAUGUGGACUAUGUGGCGUCUUCAACAGCAACACCACCGACGACCUCCGCCUUCCCAACGGACGCCUGGCGGACUCUACUGAGCAGUUCACGGAAGGAUGGCGCUCCAUCGCCGAUGAUCUCACGUGUAACGGCGACUGCGACGAUCUUUAUCGAAUGUGCACGGACUUGCGUCUCUACCAGAAUCCGUGGAUGUGUGGCAACAUCAACGACCCGGGGAAUAGUUCAUUUCUGGCGUGUCACGCGGUGGUGAACCCCUCGCCAUUCUUCAGGAACUGCCUGUAUAACAUGUGUGUGAAGGAAGGGAACCGUUCAGUGCUGUGUUCGUCCCUGCAGGCGUACGCCAGCGCCUGUCAGGACGCUCAAGUAGGCCUCGCGUCCUGGAGGAGUGUCACCAACUGCCCUCUUCCCUGUCCACCGAACAGCCAUUUUGACGAGUGCACCAGCGCCUGCCCUUUGACCUGUGACAACCUCGACGACCCCGAGGAGCCGUGCCCUCUGCCCUGUCAGGAGGGCUGUCAGUGUGAGGAAGGAUUUGCUCUUCGAGACGGCCUUUGCGUGGCGCGCAGUGAUUGCGGCUGCAUGAGCCACGGCCGAACGCUCGCCACGAAUCUGACCUUCUGGACGGACUGGGAAUGUCAGGAACGCUGCUACUGCAACGGCUCUGACAACAGCGUUUACUGUCAGCUCGCUCCCUGCAACCCCGAGGAAUACUGCCAGGAAGACGACGGCCUGUACUUCUGUUUUCCCCGCACCGAAGCCCUGUGCGUGGCGGCGGGUUACGGACACUUCCUGCCGUUUGGUAGCGUCCCGUUUGACCUGCAGAGCUCUUGUACACUCAAGAUGGCUACCACGGUGUGCGGGGGAGAAAACACGGGUCAGGAAACCAUCGGUGGGGCUUUUCCUCAGUUCAAACUGGCAGCUCGUAACGAGGAAAGAGACACAGGCCAGGCAAUCUGGGUGAGGGGUUUUGUACUGGAGGUCUACGAGUAUGAGAUUGAAGUGUCUCGGAGCUACAAAAACACUGUCACGGUGAAUAAGGAGCGUCUGUACCUGCCUCUGAAGCUCGGCCCGGGGAGGAUCCACAUCUUCUCGUGGGGCAUGCAGCUCAUUCUGGAGACAGAUUUCGGCCUGAAGGUGGCGUUUGACUGGAACACGUUGCUGCUGCUGACGUUACCCCGCGACCUCUUCAACUCCUCCUGUGGCCUCUGCCAGGGAAUGCCCUUAUUCCCCCCCACCCUCACCACCACCGACUGGGGCAUGGCGUGGGCCGAGAGAGACACCUUCUGCCAGGUGGGCUGCGGGGACUCGUGCCCUCGAUGUGGCCUCGGAGAAACCAGCUCGCUGAACGACGCUCCUCUCAUGGUGGCGGACGCAAACUUGGAUGCUGAAAACGCGGCGAAUGAAGUGGAAACUGGCAUUCGUUUCCACAUGGGAGACGGGCUGUAUGUGUACGUGGAGCCAGAGGCUGUGAGGUUAUGCGGGCUGAUUGUGGAUCGAGGAGGUGUGUUUGCACGAUGCCACAGCAAGGUGGCGCCGGCGUUCUUCUAUCAGAGCUGCCUGCAGGACACCUGUCUGGACCAGGGGUCGCAGGAGACGGUGUGCAACUGGCUCGGGAUGUACGCCACCACGUGUCUAACACAAGGGGUUCCUGUGAGCGGCUGGAGGAGCGACACCCCCUGUGUUCAGAGCUGUCCCCCGAACAGCCAUUACUCCAGCUGUGUGUCGGUGUGCCCGCCGCAGUGCGCCCCCGCCCGCGGGCAGAGGGACUGCAGUCAGGAGUGUGUGGAGGGAUGUCAGUGCGACCCGGGAUACGUUCGAAACGGAAAGAGCUGCAUCCUGCCGCAGAACUGUGGCUGCUACACUGAUGGCAAGUACUAUGAGCCCAAACAGCUGUUUUGGAACACUGACUGUACCAAACGCUGCCAGUGCAUCGGACGAAACCUGAUCCAGUGCGACCCGCGGCGUUGUAAAGCUGAAGAAGAGUGUGCGCUACGUUACGGGGUUCGUGGAUGUUUCGCUCGACGUUCCCAACACUGCGUUGCCUCGGGCGGGGGGGUUUUCAGGACCUUCGACGGUGCUUCGCUCCGCCUCCCGGCCUCCUGCUCCUUCGUCCUUUCCACAAACUGUCACAAGCUGCCCGACCUCUCCUUCCAACUCAUCGCCAACUUUGAUAAGUGGAGCACGCCCAACCUCACCACCAUCUCCCACGUCUACCUCUACCUCAACGAGGAGAAUAUCCUCAUCUCUGGGAGCACGGUCAAGGUGAACGGUACCCCAAUUUCAGUCCCGUUUCUCACCGGGCUGAUGACGCGUCUGUCCACGUCCGAAGGUUUCCUCGUCAUCGACACGCCGCAGGACAUCCAGAUCCGAUACAACCGCUUCAACACGCUGAGCAUCACGAUGGGCCAGCGGCUGCAGAACAAGGUGUGCGGACUCUGUGGAAACUUCAACGGAGACCCCGGUGACGACUACAUCACGUCCAGGGGGAAAACGGCCGUCAGCGCGCUGGAGCUCGCCCAGAGCUGGAAGACCAACGGUAUGCAGAACAGUUGUGAUGAGACCCAGUUCGUGGCUCUGGCUCAGUCCUGCGACAACACGGCGGUUCUGGCUCUGCAGAGCGAGGACGCCUGCCAGAAGCUGACCCAGCCGAAGGGAUUCUUCCAGCCGUGCCACGGGCUUCUGGACCCGAGGCCCUUCUACCAGUCCUGCUACCUGGACGGCUGCUACAACCACCAGAAGGCCCAGGUGUGCGGCUCGCUGGCUGCCUACGCUGAGGCCUGCCGCUCCAUGGGGACCCUCACCACCAAGUGGAUCACCCAGGAGAACUGCUCAGAAUGGAUCUACGACCCCUGUGCAGGAGAGAUCUGCACAAACUUCACCUGCGAGCUGGAGAACGGAGGAGACCUGUGCGGCUGUCCGGAGUUACCCACAAGCACCGGCG